ACGAUAAGGUGUGAGGUGGAGGUGGGGGGAUUAUAUAAAGAAUGUCCUCUGUACCACGGCAAACAUCCCUCCACCAACUGAAUGCUUCUCUUGAGGCAGCCAUGAAUGUGUCUGAAGGCACAGUCACAAGCCAGCUCAGGGCCACUAGCCGGACUUAUUUUUAUUUCACCACAGCCACCCUGGCUCUGUGUCUCAUCUUUACUUUGGCGACUAUAAUGGUCUUAGUAGUUCAGAAGAAGGAACCCAUCCCUCAGCCAUCUGACAGUUUUCGCCUUGUAGGAGGAAAUUGCUCAUUGGACUUCUUAAGUAUCCUGAAGAAGCCCCUUGGGACUGAGUCAUCAGCAUAUCUACAAGUUUCAAAGCCAAUAAACAGUUCCAAAUUGACCUGGAACAAAGAUGGAAUCCUCAAUGGCUUUAGAUAUCAUGAUGGAGAUCUGAUCAUCCAAUCUCCAGGCUUGUAUAUCAUCUAUUGUCAGUUGCAAUUUUCUGUGCCAAGUUGCCCAAACAAUACUAUUGACUUGAAGUUGGAACUUCUCAUCAAUAACCAAACAAAGAAGCAAGCUCUGGUUACCGUUUGUGAAUCAAAAACAAGAACAAAGAAAAUCUAUACCAACCUCUCCCAGUUCUUUCUGGAAGAUCUAGAUGUCAACAAUACCGUGUCUAUCAAGGUUGAAGAAUUCCAAUAUGUGGAUACAAAUACCUUCCCUCUUGAGAGCGUGUUGGCAGCCUUCAAGUACAGCAAUCUAACUGACUGAUUCUAACCUCCUUUGGUCCUUGGAGAGGAAUCAUCAAUUAAUACCACACAUCAUCUAUAGCUUUUCAUAAACUAAAGGGGGAGAAAAAGAAAUCUUUUCACUGGAGACCUUUGUCAUUAGAUUAAAACCUUAAACAGUACAAAACAUAUGCCCAACCCACUUUCAUUCAUCACUCAUUCUGUGAUGAUAUGAGAGGCUCUUGGUGGAACUUUUUUUCAAAAGAGAUAAAAGAAAUUUCAGUCACACAGCAGCCCACUCUCCAAGCAUCCACACCUAAAAUUCCAAAUCAAUGAAAGAUCAAUCAACCAAGAAAGAUUGGGCUACCUGUCCCUAUAGUCUGACUUGGUAAUAAUGCCCAGAAUAUUAUAGUAAAUGGCUGGACUGGGCAGGAAAUCACGUGGUUUGAAACAAAUAUCAGGGAAGAUUCUCUGUAGUAGAGUACUCCAAUGCCAAGCUAGGUCCAUGGAGUGGAGGAAAUGUAUUUAAAAACAAGAGAUGAUUAAAAGGAAGACUAAUUAGAUGGGAUGCUUAGUAAACUAUUAACUAAGGCCUAUAUUUAUUCUAAUUAAGAACAACCAUAUCAAGCACAUGUAAUCAUUAGCCUCCUGCUGCCUCAAAACAUGAAAUACUAUACUGUCAAUGAACAUUAGCUGGUAACAAUGACUAUAGUUCAUGACAAUCAUAGAAGCAGCAAAUGACUGCUGCUACAGAUGCCUGGAGUGUUUUCUCUUGUAAACAUAAGAGAAAUAGCUGUAUAUGUUUUGGACCUUCACUUCUCUUAGUGUCUGUGCUGAUACUAAUUCCUGCAUGUGCUUUUCAGGAAAAUAUUAGAUGCAAAUGUAGGCAAAUAUGUUGAAAAGGACAGAGUAGAAAUCUUAAUAUUUGGAAAGCCAUGGAUGGAACUUGGACAAGUUCCAUCACUGUGAUCCUGAAGAUAAUAGAAGGAAAUCCUAAGUGACUACAAUAAACUUCACUAGAUAGGUUGGAGCAAGAAAGACUGCAAUAAAUACAAGGCUCAUAAACUUUCUUUCUGUACCCACCCAGACAUCUGGGGAAAAGCAUAUGUUUAGAUAGAUAAACAAAGGGGAAGUGGCUUCAUGCAGUAGAUA